AUGGGACAGAAGAUGGUUGAUCCCUGGGCCUGGAGUCCGAGCCCACCACUGCCCUGUCUUCUUCAUGGCCAAGUUCUCACCCCUCCCAGGAGGCCUCUUGGGGGCCAAGGGGAUGGGGUGUGCACGACAGGAGCAGGAGUCCAUGACUGGAUGGAGGUGCCCACACCAGGACUGGAGGGUCUGUCUGGAGCUGGAGGCCACGGGGCAGGCAGGAGGGCUCCCACCGAUCUUGUGGGUCCACACGUCAGAGUUGUAGGCCUGCUCAUGGUGCACCAGGCUGUCGAUGGGACCAGUCCAGCCUGCGCAGGUGCCUGA